AUGGAGCUGCUCUCUGGAUCUCUCUUCCUGCUCCUUUGCGUCUGUGGCGUCUUAUUCCUGGGCUUGGCAUGGAAGGGCAAAGGCCGUCUGCCCCCUGGACCCACCCCGCUCCCCAUCCUGGGGAAUUUUCUCCAACUGGACCCAAACAACAUGCUCAAAUCCCUGGAGAAGGUGAGUCUCCAUUCGCCUCCCCACUCUCCUCCUGCAGUGAAGUCCUGACAGUAGACCUAAACUCUUCCUCUGGGAAGACAACCAAGCCUGCAAGUUUGGCCGGUGGGGUUGGAAGGCUGUAAGCAGCCCUGCAGUUGCUAAUAAUAAUAAGUAGUAGUAGUAGUAGUAGUAGUAGUAGUAGUAACCAACAAAAGAUUAAAAAUUAUAGAUUAAAGAUUAAAAGAUUAAUCUUCAACAUUUCUCCAAUGAAAAUAGGGACGCCCCAUUCCAUAAUGAUAAUUUUGCUAUUUAUACCCCACACAUCUUACUGGGUUGCGCCAGCCACUCUGGGCAGCUUCCAACAUACCAUAUUUUUUGCUCUAUAAGACUCACUUUUUCCCUCCUAAAAAGUAAGGGGAAAUGUGUGUGCGUCUUAUGGAGCGAAUGCAGGCUGCGCAGCUAUCCCAGAAGCCAGAACAGCAAGAGGGAUUGCUGCUGAGGGAUUGGCUUCUGAGAUUCAGAAUAUUUUUUUUCUUGCUUUCCUCCUCCAAAAACUAGGUGCGUCUUGUGGUCUGGUGCAUCUUAUAGAGCGAAAAAUACGAUAUAUAAAAACAUAAUAGAACAUUAAAAAGCCUUCCCUAUACAGGAUUACCUUCAGACGGCUCGGGAGUUGGAUGACUCCAUACCCUCCAACAUUUCUCCAACGAAAAGUUGGAAAUUCCAGGAUCAAAUCAGAAACUGGGACGGCUUCUCUAAGUCAGGGAUGUCCCUGAAAAAUUGGAGGGUCUGCAGUUGGGGACUUAUCUCUGUAGGAAAGCGAGGGCUGCUGGAUCUGUUCAAAGGGGGUUCUCUAGCCCACCACAGGGGCCAGCCAGGUACCUCUGUGACGCCCACAGUCAGAGAUGAAGGCAAUAGCCCUCCUCACAACAUUUCCCCAGAAACUGAUAAUUCAAGUGUGUACCUGAACUCACAUGUGCACAGCCAGGACUAAUGCAUGUUCAUAUACACACUGCUGAGAGGUUUGGGAUCUUUUGCUGGAGUUCUAACAUGAUCUUGUCUAAUGAGUAUGUGUUAACCCUUAAGAACGUCUCACACCAAAGGAAUAUAGAAAACUAUUUUAUUACAUGAAAUAGAAGUGACACAAUAUGUAUACCUGAAGGAGUGUCCCCACCCACAUCGUCCAGCCCCAGACACUGAGGUCCUCCUCCGAGGGCCUCCUGGAGGUUCCCUCCCUGCAGAAGUGAGGUUACAGGGAAUCAGGCAGAGGGCCUUCUCGGUGGUGGCGCCCGGCCUGUGGAACGCCCUCCCAGCGGAUGUCAAGGAAAUAAACAACUACAGGACUUUUAGAAGACAUCUGAAGGCAGCCCUGUAUCGGGAAGUUUUAAAUGUUUGGUGUCUUACUGUGUCUGGCUGGCUCUUUAGAGCCUAUCAACUUUCUUCCCUCCCGCCUCAUGGCUUUCAAAAUUAACCUUUAUAUCCUUCCAUUUUGUAUGUUUUCCAAUUCUAAUUACACUCAUUACAAAAUGACUCAAAUGUUAAAUAAAUAUAGAAAGGUAGAAAAUUUCUCAAUUCAAGUCUUCAGACAACCCUGCUAGUGAUGUUAAUUGUUUACAAUAAUCUUUCAGGUAUCGUAUAAAUUUACUCCAGUCCUUUUGGAAUACUUAAUCGUGCAGGUUUCGGAUUUUUCCUUUCAGCUUCACCAGUUCUGCAGAGUCCACCAUCUUCAUCUGCCACUCUUUUUUUGUUGGUACUUCUUGUUAUUUCCAUUUUUGGGCUAAAAGAAUUCUUGGCUACGAUGCCCACACUCUUGAUCGGAAGAGUGAAAGCUUCCCUAUUUUUAAAAGCCUAUAGAAACGUUGGCCUGACAAUUUUGCCAUAAACCCACACUAGCAGUAGAGAAGAAGAAGAGUUUGGAUUUGAUAUCCCUCCUUUCACUCCCCUUAAGGAGUCUCAAAGCUGCUAACAAUCUCCUUUCCCUUCCUCCCCCACAACAAACACUCUGUGAGGUGAGCGGGGCUGAGAGACUUCAGAGAAGUGUGACUAGCCCAAGGUCACCCAGCAGCUGUAAGUGGAGGAGCAGGGAAUCGAACCCAGUUCACCAGAUUAUGAGUCCACCACUCUUAACCACUACACCACACUGGCUCAGUAGGGGCAGGGGAGGAAAGUAUACCUGCCUUUAAAGCAAAGCAGAAGUGUGCUGAGUCCUGGAGAGCGCUGGGUUAAGCGCUGUCCUGUUAGAGCCAGAGGAGCUGGGGUCUUGGCUAAUGCCUCCUCGUAAGGAAAGGAGGGGCAUUGAGAUGAGUGAUUCCCGUCCCCUGUCACACACACACACACACCCAGCUCCAUCCCAUGGCCAUCUGAGUGAGAAAAGGACUGAAAACUGGCCUUAUCCGCUUGCUUAUCACUCUAUCUGUGUUUUGCUUAACCAAAGGGAGAUAUAGCGAGCAGUUAACUGGACCUGGCUAUCUCUUGGCUGUGCCACCAUUAUCUUGAAGUCAUGCAUUCUGGAGUUUGAACGGAUUUCUGGAUUUGCAUGUGUUGACCAUUUCAAGGUGUGAAGUUUUUCCUGAGAUGAGGCCAGUACAAGGUUCAGGAAGAAGAAUCUCACGUCAUAUUUAAGUUACGUCAAUCUUAUACCCGUGCCAUGAUCUACAGAGAUCAACCUCAUUGUAAGUUCAGAUUCACACACAGCUGUUCACAGUUAGACUGCCUCUCAUACGUGCCAACUCCCUGGGGCCCACAAAAUCCCCCAUGAAGGGGCCGAGCACCCACAAAUUUCGGUGCCAGGGCCAUGCACCCCACAGUUUGAGGGCCAAGCUGCCACUCCUUCUGCCUCUCAACCUGGAGUUUCUCCAUUAGUUGUUCCUGUCCCUGCCCCACUCACCAUUGGGGGUUGAGGUAUGGAGGCUCACCCUCAAUUCCCAAUCAGUCAGACUUUGUUCCGUAGCAGGACAGAGUCCACAGAGACAGGGGGAGCCUUUCCAUUACAGGCGUGGCCGAACCUGGCCCUCCAGCUGUUUUGGGACUACAGUUCCCAUCAUCCCUGACCACUGGUCCUGUUAGCUAGAGAUGAUGGGAGUUGUAGUCCCAAAACAGCUGGAAGGCCAAGUACGGCCAUGCCUACAUUAGGACAAUAGGCAAAUAUAUGUCACCUGAGCCGUUCGUCCUCUAACCAAGCACCUUCUGACGCUUCUCCAUCUCUCAUUAAAUCACAGUCCAUGAAAUACAAAUUACUCAACCCAUGUUUCAGAACCCUCCUUGCACUUUUCACUUUAAUAGUCUGUCUUGCGGUCACGGCACACUCUUGCACGGGUGACGUUGGCCUGACUAAUGAUGAGCCUAACAGUAAUUCCACCUCGCACAUUAAUGGGAGAGGGUCAGAUAUGGGAGAGACGGGUCAGAAAAGCCCGCUGGAUCAGCCCAGUGUCCCAUCUAGUCCAGCGUCCUCGUCUCACAGCGGUCAGUCAGAUGCCCUAAUGGGAAACCUGCGAGCAGGAUCCAAGCACAAGAGCCGUCUCCCCUACUGUGGAUUCAAGCGACUAGGAUUUGGAAGUCUUGCUGUCUCCAGCUGUGAAGACAGAGCAGAGCCAUCCUGGCCAGAAGCCAAUGAGAGCCCUCUCCUCCCUGAAGUUGUCUUUCAAAGCCAUCCAGUUUGGUGGCCAUCACUUCCUCCUGUGGAAGCGAGUUCCAUAGUUUAACUCUUUAUCCCAAAUAUGUCCUCCAUCUGCCCUGAAUCUUCCAGCUGGCCCUCCCCUCCCCAGGCCUCACUUCCCUCCUCACUGGGCUCCCUUCCUGUCCAGUUAUCCCCUCACCUGUCCACACCUGGGCCAACCUGAGACUCUUCUCCCGGCAGCUGAGGGAGGCCCAUGGCUCGGUCUUCACCAUCUACCUGGGGCUGCGGCGAGUCGUGGUCUUGAGCAGCUACAAGGUGGUGAAGGAAGCCCUGGUGGACCAGGCAGAGGACUUCAACGCGAGAGGGCAGUUGCCGUCCUUCUCCAAGGAUUUCAAUGAGCACGGUGAGAGGUCCAUCCCUGUGGGGAAAGGGGGCUUGGAGCACAGCUCAGCCCAUCUUUCUGUCACUCAUCUGACAUGUUGGAGGGUAGAGCGCCAACCUGGUGCCCUCCAUCUGGUUUGGACUACAAUUCCAAUCAGUGCCAGCUAGGGAUGGGCCAAUAGGACUCGAACCCAUGGUUUCAAGUUACAAGAAAGGUGAUUCUGACUAAACAUUAGGAAGGUCUAACUGAUGGGAAGAGCUGUUAGUGGAACAGUCUCCCCCAGAGGUUGUGAACUCUCCUUCCUUGAAGAAGAGUUUGGAUUAGAUAUCCUGCUUUAUCACUACCUUAAGGAGUCUCAAAGCAGCUCACAAUCUCCUUUCUCUUCCUUCCCCACAACAAACACUCUGUGAGGUGAGUGAGGCUGAGAGACUUCAGAGAAGUGUGACUAGCCCAAGGUCACCCAGCAGCUGCAUGUGGAGGAGCAGGGAAUCAAACCCGAUUCACCAGAUUACGAGUCCACUGCUCUUAACCACUACACCACACUGGCUUUCAAACAGAGGUUGGAUGUCCUGGAAGCUUUACCUGAGAUUCUUACAUUACAGGGGGUUGGACCAGGUGAGCCUUGGGCUCUGUUCCAACUCUACAAUUCUAUGGUCUGUCAAUUUUGGUUUCCAUCAGUUUCUCAUCUUCCCCAGUCUUAAUUUCAAUUCCCCACAUAUCCACAUUGGUUUGCAAAUUAUUCAUCCACUUUUGAGUGCAAGAUUCUUCUAACAUUUUUCAUAAGAUGUACAACAUUGCAAAGCAAUUCCCCCAAAACAAAACGCAUUUGACCCUCCUUAUUUCUGUGACUGCAAGUUACCGUAAGCUGUUUUUAACCUUGUGUUUUAAUGUUGCAACCCCCAGCCCUACGCUGGGACCUUAGGGUAAAGGGCGGGUAAUUAAUGUUUAGAUAUUGGCAUCUGUCUGUCUCUAGAGACAAUGGAGUGUGCCUCUGGGGUGAAGGCAAACCAUUGUGUUAGCAGCACCAAAGUGACCUUUCCAGGGCGGAAGCCUGGGCAGUCCUGGGCUCCCCAGAGGACAAGACCCCUCUUCGUCCCACUGAUGUGGUCCCAAGGAAAGCAGAGCAAGACGUUUGGCACCAGCUUGGCUGCAGGAGUUGCCAGAAGGAGGCGUACAAGGCAUCAUCCAAUCACCUUAGGGAUUUAUGUAGGGUUUAAUCCUUUGCCUUGACUUCUCCUGAAGAUAUUCCGCAAGGCAGCACUGUUUUAGGACCAGAGUUUUCCUUCUCCUUGAUAGGCUCCCUUCCCAGGUGGAUGAGUCCCAUCUGCCCCUCACUUCCCUCUACAGCACAUGCAGAAACCGCCUUCUUGACCAUUGGACUCACUCUUGGUCCUGUUUACUCAAUCCGCUCAAUUCUUAUGCAUGCUUUAUUUUUGCGGCACUUGACUUGGCUGAAGAACCGCGUUGCAAAAAUCAGAGACGCAUGGAUUCGCAGCUGUGUUCCAGUUCUUGGCACAUCUCGUAAAUUCAAACACAAUUGACUUUUUCUCCCCCUUGCCAGCCAACUGGGCCAGAUGUUACUGGGAGAGAUGCAAGUUCUCAUCCCCCAAACAGCUGGAGGGCAGCAGGUUGACAAAGGCUGGUUUUACCCACCCUGGUUUUUUCUUGAAAGCAAUGUACUUAGCAACAUUCGACUGGCACAUAAACAAUACCCUUCACAACCACUGUUUAUCUCAGCAGUAGAAAGGUUAGGAGAAAUUUAUGCAGCAAACUGGAGGUCAGGAAAUGGGAGGUUGUGGGAGAUGUCCCUGGGAAACAUAACACAUGAAUCGGCCAAGGUUUUAAAAGGAUGAGUAUCGAAGAGACAAUCUGUCCCUGUCAAGGAAGAAGGGGGGAUAUACACAAAAAUAUUACAAUAAUCAUAAUAUUGCUUGGCCAGGGGUGACCUUUUCCAACGGUGAUCGGUGGAGGCAGCUUCGCAGGUUCAGCCUCACCACCUUGAGGAAUUUCGGGAUGGGGAAACGGUCCAUCGAGGAGCGGAUCCAGGAGGAGGCCCGGUGCCUGGCAGAGGAGUUCUGUAAGUUGCAAGGUAGGCCUCUGGAGAAAUUCAUAAUUAAAGGAUUGGUCGCCUCUAGAAGACUCUGUGGUGCUUGGUCCACAAGCGUAGCCAUUGUGUGCUCUUGCCAAAGACAGACCUUUCCUUCCCUCCUCCUGCCUUCUGUCUCUCCCCACUAGGGACGCCCUUUGACCCCACCGUCGUCAUCAGCCGAGCCGUCUCCAACGUCAUCUGUUCCAUCGUAUUUGGGAACAGGUUCCAGUACGACGAUGAGAAAUUCAUCACCCUGAGUGAGCUGAUCACAGAACGGUUCCGCGUGGGCAGCCUGCCCCCGUCUCAGGUGAGGGCGGACGGACUGCAACCCCCCCCCCCAAUAUAUCUACCCUUUACUUAUUAUCGUGGUUUUUUUUAAAGCAAAGAACUGAAAAGUUAAACAAUAGAGUGUCACAGCAUGGAAGGGCAAAAGAGCAAAGAUACAGCCCAGUUCCAAAGCAUUAAUGCAUACAAAGCUUAUAUUUGCAAAUAAAGACUAUUUAUUAGACACAGUGUUCCCCUGUGAAUUACAUCAUCACCAUCAUUAAUUUUUAAUCCAUCAUUUUGAAUUAUAGCAAUCUGAAAAAUACAUUGUUGUUGUUGUUUAGUCGUUUAGUCGUGUCCGACUCUUUGUGACCCCAUGAACCAGAGCACGCCAGGCACUCCUGUCUUUCACUGCCUCCCGCAAUUUGGUCAAAAAACACAUAUAUGGCAACAAACAAGCCAUAAACAACAAAAGAAAACAAAGCAAUGGUUUGGCUUUUCUGUUAAGGUCACUUUAAGAAUUUCAGUGUCUUUCCAUAAGAGUUUGGAAGUUUGAUUCAAUUAACAUAUUUUAUUCAAAUGAAUCCCUCUAUAGAGUCCAAUGUUUCUGAGGUGGUUUUCUAGCACGAUAUGCCUGGUGUAUCAAGGAAAUAAACAGAGGCCAAGAUCCAUCAUUAUGGACGCUCAAAGUUCUCUCUGGUCUUAAAUGAGACAGACGUUUGCAAAGGCAGGCUGCACUGAGUGACCACGUGUCUCAAUUCUUGUAUAAGAAUUAAAAUCAUGCCAUCUAUCUGUCUGCCUAUCUAGUCCUUCAAGCUCUGCCCUAGAUAUUUUCGCUUAUGGAAUCUCCCUUCCAGGAGAGCAAUUUGCCAAAGCCCUGAAUACCAGAAAUCCAGAUUAUUAGGUCAGGGUUCAUAAAUCUGUGGCAGGAAGGAGUGAGUUGUUGCCUAGGGAGCUCAAUUUGCCCCCCACCUGACCGCCUUAUGCUAAGCAACCACAGCAAUGGGCUGAAUCCGUCUCUCCAGUUCACUGUGUAGAGUGUUCUCACUCGUGGGCCUUGCAGGGCAGAUGGCAGCGCUGGAAUUUCUGAAGCGAAGGGAGGCUUUUGGAAAGGAGAGCCCAAGGACCCAUGAGCAUGUGCAAAGAGUCAAGGGUCACUUUUCCAGGCAGGCAUAAGCCUCAGUGUGGUGUAGUGGUUAAGAGCGAUAGACUUGUAAUCUGGGGAACUGGGUUCGCGUCUCCGCUCCUCCACAUGCAGCUGCUGGGUGACCUUGGGCUAGUCACACUUCUCUGAAGUCUCUCAGCCUCACUCACCUCACAGAGUGUUUGUUGUGGGGGAGGAAGGGAAAGGAGAAUGUUAGCCGCUUUGAGACUCCUUCAGGUAGUGAUAAAGCAAGAUAUCAAAUCCAAACUCUUCUUCUUCUUCUCAGCACGUGCCUUUUUUUGGGAAUCUGAGUUUGCAGGAGACACAUCCUAAGGUCAGCCAAAUGUGGUAACGCCCUUCCAUUGCUCCCCAUCUUCUUCCCCCGCAGCUGUACAAUAUUUUCCCGGAGAUCAUGGAGAAGAUCCCCGGAUCCCACCACGCGGGCAGCAAAUGUUCCCAGGGGAUCAUCCACUUCAUAGAGGAGAGGAUCAAGAUACAGCAGGCGUCGCUGGAUCCCUCUGACCCCCACAACUACAUUGACUGCUUCUUAGUUAAGAUGGAUCAGGUAAGGAAUGAACUUCCUCAUCUCCAUCAUCUGCUCCCCCUAAAACGUGCUGUCUGCAGGUUUCAGAGAAUUGUGGAAUUGGAAGGGACCCCAAGUGUCAUCUAGUCUGACUCCCCCUUUCAGUGCAGGCAUCAUAGCUGACCUCGAUCUCUUGGCAGGAAAAGAAUAACCCGGCUUCUGAAUUUUGCAUGGAGAAUUUGGUAAUGGCCACCUUCAACUUGUUCUUCGCUGGGACGGAGACGAUCGGCACCACCCUGAGAUAUGGAUUCCUCACCAUGCUGAAGUAUCCACAGAUUCAAGGUGAGGGCAGAAGGAGGAAACCUAUGAGAAUCAUCUGAGCUUCUACAGCUACAGACCAGGCUGUUCCCAGGGUGUGUCCAUUGUCGCAUGCUGACAGCUUCUGGGAGCCGCAGGUGAGAGAAGAGUGUUGGGUAUGGACCAGAGGCAGACAAAGUACCCCAGAAGGAGUAGGACGUGUCCUCAACCAGAGGUACUACCACUCCCCUAUCACUCCAUACGCCCAAAAGGAGGAAAAGCCUAGGGCAUCUGGUAUCUCCAAAUGGUCUCCCAUCCAAAUGCUAACCAGGCCUGACCCUGCUUAGCUUCCAAGCUCAGACACGGUUGGGUGUGUUCAGGGUAGUAUGACUUUGAUUGGCUGGCUAAGCCAAGUGAGGGUAGCCUAUGGGUCUCAAACCCUCGGUGAGUUAGCAGCUUCCCCUGCAAGCGAAGGCAGGCUCUGGCAGCUGGAGUGGACGAGAUCCAAAGUGCGUUCAACGGUCAAAUAGGCAGUUUCUGCAUGUGCUUUAGAGGGAACCAAGGGGCAUUGAGGGGACGCGGGUGGCACUGUGGGUUAAACCACAGAGUAUAGGACUUGCCGAUCAGAAGGUCGGUGGUUCAUAUCCCUGGGACAGGGUGAGCUCCUGUUGCUCGGUCCCUGCUCCUGCCAACCUAGCAGUUCGAAAGCAUGUCAAAGUGCAAGUAGAUAAAUAGGUACCGCUCCGGUGGGAAGGUAAACGGCGUUUCCGUGCGCUGCUCUGGUUUGCCAGAAGCAGCUCAGUCAUGCUGGCCACAUGACCCGGAAGCUGUACGCCGGCUUCCUCAGCCAAUAAAGCAAGAUGAGUGCCGCAACCCCAGAAUCGGCCAUGACUGGACCUAAUGGUCAGGGGUCCCUUUACCUUUACCUUUAAGGGGCAUUUAAAUGACUUCCGAAGGGUGAGAGAAUGGAAUGCUUGCUGAAGAAUGACAGCUUUUGAUACUGGAUAGUAGCUCACAGCCUACUUGAAGUUGGACAUUCCUGCCCUACACAAAUCAGGACUGAGGUCCCUAAGAUGGUUGGAUGGCACCUUGUACGCCACCUUCCUGCAACUCCUGCAGCCCAGCUGGUACCAAACGUCGUGCUCUGCUUUCCUUUGGACCACAUCAGGAAGGCCGAAAGCGGGGUCUUGUCAUCUGGGCAGCCCAAGACCUCCAUACACACUGCCCAGGCUUGCGCCCUGGGGAGGUCACUUUGGUCUCCUAACACAGCCGUUUGACUUCACCCCUGGUGGCACACUCCAUUGUCUCUCAAGAUAGUCAGAUGCCAAGAACAGAUCAAGCUGAUGAUGGAAGGCAACAGCCCAAACUUAAGUGCACUCUUCUCCAUGGAGGGCUGUGUGGACCAUGUACACCACCUUGAUUUCCAUGGAGAAAAAGGUGAUCUAUUAAUGCAGUAAGAUAAAGAAACAGGCAAUUUCCACCCUCAAGGGAAGCCCCAAAUAGAAGUGACUGUAGUAGUCAAGAUGUGAGAUUAACGGGACAUGUAGUUCCGUCCUGGCGAGAGUAACAUCAUCUAGAAAAAGGUUACCAUAUUUUUCGCUCUAUAAGACGCAACAGACCACAAGACGCACCUAGUUUUUGGAGGAGGAAAACAAGAAAAAAAUAUAUUCUGAAUCUCAGAAGCCAGAACAGCAAGAGGGAUCGCUGCGCAGUGAAAGCAGCAAUCCCUCUUGCUGUUCUGGCUUCUGGGAUAGCUGCACAGCCUGCAUUCGCUCCAUAAGACGCACACACAUUUCCCCUUACUUUUUAGGAGGGAAAAAGUGAGUCUUAUAGAGCAUGCUCUGGUCCAUGGGGUCACGAAGAGUCGGACACGACUAAACGACUAAGCAACAACAUAGAGCAAAAAAUACUGUAUACACACAGUUCCCAGAUGAGAGGGAUUUGUGCCCAUGGCCCCUCCGUCUUGUCCUCCCUCCAUCCCCAAAAAUGUCCCAGUGAAAGGGUGUCAAGAGAGAAAGGCACGGUGCUAUCCUGAUUGUGAACAGGUGCUCAGUCAUAGAAUGAUGGAAUUGUACAGUUGUAAGGGACCCAAAAGGUCAUCUUGCUCAGCUCCCUGUGACACAGGAAUUGUUCUCUUUUCCCCAAGAAAAACUCCACGAGGAAAUCGAUCGAGUGAUUGGGAGGGACCGGACCCCAGCCAGUGAGGACAGGAACAAAAUGCCCUAUAUGGAGGCUGUAGUGCACGAGAUCCAGCGAUUCAGCGAUAUCCUACCCAUGAAUCUUCCCCGCAUGGCCAGGAAAGACAUCCACUUCAGGGGCUAUGUCAUCCCCAAGGUAAGAUUCCCAGCAGGGGUGGAGCGAUCAGGAUCCAGCCUUUGGGCCCUCCAUGCAACUGGUCUGAAACUCCUGGGUCAGGGCGGGGACAGGAUUUGAGCUCAGUGCCUCCCAUGUCACACAUGGACUUGCCUUGGAAAGGCAUUUAUCCACAGGAGUCAGUUCUCCACCUGUGAAAUGGGUAUAUUUCAAAGCUCCCAGGAAGCUGCCUUAUCUGUCUGCCAGGAUGCUUGUCCAUCUGGAUCUUUUUAAUACUACUAAAUGAUGUAAAGUGCAGGGAAGAUUUUGAAACAAAAUCAACACUGGGUUUCACUAGAGUUGGAAUGCUGCUGCUGACAAGCCAAUAAUCAUAGAAUUAAAGAGUUGGAAGGGACCCAAAGGGUCUCCGUGUUCAACCACCUGCAAUGAAUUAGUGGAAUGAGGUCUAUGGGGGGCUAACUUUGAAGGUGACUAAUCCAGAAUGCGGCAGCUAGACUGGUGACUGAGAAAGGCUGCACAUAUAACACCAGGCCUAAAGGAUCUUCGCUGGCUCCCAGUACGUUUCCGAGCACAAUUCAAAGUGUUGGUGCUGACCUUUAAAGCCCUAAAUGGCCUCGGUCCUGUAUACCUGAAGGAGCGUCUCCUCCCCCAUUGUUCUGGCUGGACACUGAGGUCCAGCUCUGAGGGCCUUCUGGUGGUUCCCUCACUGAAAGAAGUAAGGUUACAGGGAACCAGGCAGAGGGCCUUCUCGAUGGUGGCACCCACCCUGUGGAACACCCUCCCAUUAGAUGUGAAGGAAAUAAAUAACUACAGUGGUACCUCGGGUUAAGAACUUAAUUCGUUCUGGAGGUACAUCAUUAACCUGAAACUGUUCUCAUUCAUAUAUAUAUAUAUAUAUAUAUAUAUAUAUAUAUAUAUAUAUAUAAUUAAUUUAUUUAACAUAAUUAUUACAAAAUGUAAGCAAAAUAUUACAAAUACAUACAUACAUAUUUUAAAUAAGGACACAUUUAUAGAAAAGAGAAAAAAGAAGAAGAAAAAGAAGAAAAAAUAGAGAGAGAAAAGAAGAUAUUCUACAAAUAUCUCAAUAUGAAAAUAUUAAUAAAAUUUCAUUGAUUGACCUGAAACUGUUCUUAACCUGAGGUACCACUUUAGCUAAUGGGGCCUCCCGCUGCCGCCGCACCACCGGAGCACGAUUUCUGUUCUCAUCCUGAAGCAAAGUUCUUAACCCGAGGUACUAUUUCUGGGUUAGCAGAGUCUGUAACCUGAAGCGUCUGUAAGCCGAAGCGUCUGUAACCCGAGGUACCACUGUAUAUGAUUCUCCCAGGGGACCUACAUCUAUCCUUUGCUGAGCAGCGUUCACUAUGACUCAGAGGAGCACUCCAACCCUCAAGAGUUUGACCCAGGGAGAUUCUUGGAUAGCCAAGGCUGCUUCAAGAAGCUUGAGGCGUUCAUGCCUUUCUCAGCAGGUACGUGGGGAGGGGGCUCCUUCCAUUCCAUUGGGAGGGGAGUGGGGAGUGGGGUUAGUGAGUGGUCUCCUAUGAGAUUCAUUUCCAGGCGGUCCUUCCCAGGAGGGUCAGAGAAAGGAACCUCUGUUCUGGUCCUACUUGACUUGGCUUCUCGCAGGCAUCUGGGGGCCACUGGGAGAACAGGAUGCAGGGCUGGGGGGCCUGAUCCUGCAGGGCUCUCCUGCGUUGUACCUGCCAAGGACAGCGUGGGAGAAGGGCUGGGUUGACCACUUAUCAACCUGUUGCUGUACAUCCCAUUGAAAGACUACAUUACAAACACCCCACCCAAUGCAAGGGGCCACAGAUAGAGGCCAAAGAGGAACAUUUUUGCCCGGCACCUAAAGAUUUAUAAUGAAGGCACCAAGUGAGCCUCCCUGUGUAGAGCAUCCCAGAAACAGGGAGCCACUGCAGAAAAGGCCCGUUCCCAGGUUGCAACCCUCUGGACCUCUCAUGGAGGAGGUACUGUUUCAACCGUGACUCUUCUAGAGCAUCUUUUCACCUAUCAGCCAUUUAACACUUUCUUUUACUGCCUAUGCAUCAUAAGCUAUUGAUCAACGUACCUAUGAAUAAUUGUUCCCACUAAAUUUUGCACCCACCGAAUUUCAAUUUUUUUAAUUUAAAAAAAUGCUUUAUUGGUUUUAAAACUGUACAACAGAAAUAAUCCAUAGAUGUUAAAGACCAAAUAAAAACAUGCCAUGGUUCAUUCCUUUUUUCUUCUUCUUCUUCUUUUUAUUGAUUUUUUAAAAAUAAAUUUUAUUAGUAUUUUCCAAACAACAACACCACGAAAGAUAUCAAAAAAUAACAAUACACAACACACAAAAAUCAGCAUUUGAAAACUAAAGAAAGCAACAACAACAACAAAAAAUCCAUAUCUUACAAGUUAAUAUUAUAAACACUAAAACAACGACAAGACAUUGACUUCCACCCAUCCCACAGCACCUCCUUUAUCUCUCAUUGUGUCUUCCUGUUUUCCUGUUUUCUUUAUCAUCUCUAUCCUAACAUCUAGAUAUAAAUCCUUCAUAAUUCAUUCAAUUAAUACUUGUUUCUAAAGGAAAUUCCUGAAGCACCCCAAGAAUGAGGCAGAAGAACGGAAACUUCUUUCACGGGGGAAUAAAUUCAAGGGUGGGUUUUGUCAGAGGGCUCCUUCCACCUGCCCGACAGAUUUUGCGUUUCUCUCUUGGCAGGGAAGCGCAUGUGUAUCGGCGAAGGGUUGGCCCGCAUGGAGCUGUUCCUCUUCUUCACCACCAUCCUGCAAUCCUUCACCCUCCAGUCCCCUGUGCCCCCCAGCCAGAUCAGCCUCGCACCGGUGGCCGUGGGCCUUGGGAAGGUGCCCCCAAAAUACCAGCUGUCAGCGUGCUGGCGCCAACGCUGAUCUCUCCCUUCCUGUGUUGCGGCGCAGGGAGAUCUCGGUUUCUCUCUCAGUACCUCUGCACUCCUGAGAGAUUGGCCGUAAAGUAGGAAAGCCCUCUCUUUGAAGGCCUGUCCGUGCAAGGAUGAGGAGGAAGAACCCAACUCACCUGGUGUAAACUAUUUACAGUGCAAAGUUCAUGUCCGUCUCAGUCACUUGCAGAAUCCGGGAGUGGCCCCUUCCGGCUUCUCCCCCAACAUAAGAACUUCAGCACCCAAAGCCUCCUCCUCCUCCCCUCCUUGCGUUUCACCCCUCUGUGCAAGCUGGGCGAUGGAAGUCGCGUGCGUCCCUCCUGGCCAGCCUGGCGACGCAAGGCACUGGGGCUCUCAGCAGCAUCCUCGAGCCCUUCCCUCGCUUGACUGGCCCCUUCCCUCUCUUCUCCACUGGAAGUGUGGCUUUUCCCACCACUGGAAGAGGAACUGCUCCUCAGGAGCUUCGGUGCUCUCUGUAUCCCAGCGGCCCCCCUGCCUCCCUCCCCUGUACCAGCUGUCAGAGUCCUGGCGCCAACACUAAUCUCUCCCUUCCUGUGUUGCGGCACAAGAAGAAGAAGAAGAAGAGUUUGGAUUUGAUAUCCCGCCUUUCACUCCCUUUAAGGAGUCUCAAAGUGGCUAACAUUCUCCUUUCCCUUCCUCCCCCACAACAAACACUCUGUGAGGUGAGUGGGGCUGAGAGACUUCAAAGAAGUGUGACUAGCCCAAGGUCACCCAGCAGCUGCAUGUGGAGGAGCGGAGACUCAAACCCGGUUCCCCAGAUUACGAGACUACCGCUCUUAACCACUACACCACAAGAAGAUCUCGGUUUCUCUCUCAGUACCUCUGCACUCCUGAGAGAUUGGCAGAGAGAGAGAGAGAGAGAGAGAGAGAGAGAGAGAGAGAGAGAGAAUAUUUUGCUGGUAAAAUAUGCAUUCUUACUUGCAACAACAUGAGGGUGGAGGAUAUUCAU